ACACCACUAUUUCAGCUCUAUAUUUCAGAGGGGCCUCACAGGAUGCACAGCCAGUGCUCAAAGAAAGAUUAAAUAGUGUUUUCAUUCCUGUAGAUUUCCUAUGACUCAGUCAAACAAGAAUAGACUCUCCUCAAUCUGUCCCUCGCUGCUCAUGAGUGCCUGUCCGCUGUACUGAUACAGCAAGUCCCUGCCAUGUCUCAUACUUAUUUUUAUAAUUUCCGGCAUUGCAUCCUGUCCAUCAACAGAGACAGUAGUUCUCUCUGGUCUUCAUGUGAUGUUCUGGUUGUGUGAUACAGGAAGGAAGCAGAAGCUGAAAUAAUGUUUUGCAGGUCUGGCAGACAUGGGGGAAUUAUGAGAGCAGAUAAAGGGAAGUGCUUCUAAUUACAGUUGGAUUCUUUUCUUAUACCUGAAAUGUAUAGACAACAUGUCUUUGGAUAGAUAUUGUUAAUUGUUCAAUUUAAUAUUUAUUCAUGGUAAAUUGCAACAAGGUUUGAAACAUCUUUUGUAAGGGAAUCCUGGCCUGGAGAUCUACUUAUGAUGGCCAUUUCAAAUGUGCUUAAAUCUGACGUUGAAAAUUGAUUUAAGGGCAAAUCUUAAUGCGUUUUGAAGUUGAUGAAAGCCAAUUUUGCUAAUGUUUAAUUUCUGACGUGUUUCCCCAAGCAAAGAAAAGAAAAGUGGGCCUAGCACAUGCCCUGAGGUACUUAUUUAAGUACAGUUAACCGGUUGUAACAAUGAUGAUUGACUUGGACACAUCAAGGGCUACCUGAGAGAAACUGCAAUUACUAAACUUACCUGGCUGUCCCCCAAUCAGACAACCCUGUAUGAAACAAGUUUUGCUGAAGAAAACGAUGUUCCAAAGUGGUAUGCAUUUCUUGGCUCAGAUAUCUAUUAUUUGAAUUAUUUUACUAAUUUUGAAACCAUUACACAUUCUUAUACAGCUGAUAUGUACUUAUAAUGGCUUUUUUUAUUUACAGUGUGCUAUAAUUCAAUAAUAUAUCCAUAGUAUCCACCCUUUCCUUACUUCCAUCUUGGGGAUAAAAAAGGGAUACACCCAGUUCUCAUAAAACCGGCCUGUGUUGGCUGAUUUUGCUGUGUUAGUGUUAUUGCGUGGUUUCUUCAUAUGGAAAGUCCUGUUGCUGUUUUUAAACCGUCUGUUUUUAAAUUCUGCUGACAACACCCAUUGUCCCAUUUUCCUCAUAUCCCUGGUGUGGUCAAAAAAAAACACGACAACAUGAUCUCUUGUCUACUCUCCUUAAAUCCAACUUUCAUUCUUGCUUUCUGUCUUUCUCAGAUAUUUAUUUUGCCAAUCUGUCAUCGCUCAUCACUCCUGCCCCCUCACUGCCAGCUGGGAGUGUUUUGUGUGACAGCUUAACUGUAGGUGUGGUGUGCAGGUGGGGGUGGUGAACAGCAUGUGGUGGCUGCUGAUAAAUGUAGGUCCUUUUACAUCAUGACAUAAAUAGAAAAAUGAUCUACGGAGAGGCGGAAAUAGAAUGGACACUAAUAAGGACAAGAUGAGAGCAUCGCAUUUUAUAUCCCCCCUGGUAGUUGGGAUUUAUACAUUUAUUGCUUCACUGCACAAAAUUACGAAUUCAUAUAUUUUGGAAAUGGACCAAAGAAAUGUUGCACUUAUUCCCAAAGUGUGUCAUUUUUUCUGCUUAGAGGGAAGGAAAAACUGUACCACUGUAUCUUUCCUCACCAACUGUCCAUUCCUGUCUCCACCUCCCCUGGCCCGUAUCUUCCUCUGCAGGUGCUCUCUUUUCCUGAUAUAAAACUGCCAGCUACCACACCGAAUAGUCCCUGUGCUAUAAUUAUAGCUUGCCAAACAGAGAAGAGCAUCCUUGAUAGCAGACAUGUUGACAUCUGCAGAGAGGGGUUCAGGCUGGAGGUCUACAGAGAGUAGAAAAGUCAAGGCUUUUCCUUUGACAUUGACGUGUCCUACUUCUGCUGCUUAACCCCAACACCUGUUGACCAGAACUCUUCCUAAGAAUAAGGUCGCUUGGUCUCGCCAAGGGUCCAAUAACUCCUUAUUUUCUUUCCCUAAGAAUGUUCAAUUGACAAGAUAACCAUGGGCUCCAAAGGACAAUCACUGCCAGAAGGCAAAUUUAAAAUCAGUUUGUACUAUGAAUAUUGUGCAAAUUUGUAUUUAUAGGGGGGCGCUGAUAUCCCAGUGGUAAGCAUGUGCACCCCAUGUACGGAGGCUACGUGAAUUUCAUUUGCUGCCCUCCAGUGAAUAAAACUGACCUUUAACUGAUUUUAAAGCUCAAACAUCGGGAUCAUAUCAACUUGUAUGUGACGCUUUAAUGUGCCUUUUUUCUGGUUUAUAUUUUAAACACGUUUGGGCUCAUGCUGACUGCAAAAUUACUGUAUGAAAGAUCUACAAAAUGACCCCGUAAUUAUGACAUUAUGACUUUGACACUGGAAAUAAUUGAGAUACAAAUAUUGUUUUAAUAGAUUAUCUGCUGAAAAGCAGCCAAGAGAGACAAUUACAGAUAAUGCUGUGAGCAAAAUCCUACUGUGACAGUAACACAAAUGUGGAAUGAUUUUUUCACUUAAACUCAAAUACAUAUGUAUCUAAAUUAAGCUACCUUUUGCAAACAGUCAUUUAAAUAGAAUGGGCAUUGUAAGGCUUUAAAAAAGUUUGAAGGCCAUUAUUUCUCCAGUAUGACAUGGCUUUGUUCAAAGUUUUUUGAGUAACACGCGUACUUUUGUGUAGGUUUUACUCCUCUCUGUUCUUUUCUUCACCCUCCAUCCAUUUCUUGUCUCCUCAGCUUUCCCCUGUACCCCUAUAACUCUCUUUCCCCUUAAUGCCCCAAUUUCCAACUGAGUUUGACUUUUGACACAUUACCUCCACCGAAGCAUUACUCACACAGCACCCCCACCUCCAUCCCACCCUCCUUGACUUCCCUCCUUCUUCCAUCGUUAUAAACUCAGCACCCUCAACAGUUUGCUCAGUGUGAAGGGCUUUGCAAACAGUACAGAAAGAGAAAGGAGCAACUGGGAAACUGAGUUACAAGCAAAUCUGAUAUUUUUAAGGGAAAACAUUCAGAGCUACAGCAUGCAUACGCUCAGGAUCUGGCGUGUGCUGUGUGUGCUGGGCUUUGUGUGUGCAUCCCUGUGUGUGAAUGAAGUUGAAUACGAAGGAAACUACGCAGACAACUAUGACAAUGAGAUUUCUCAGGACCGGCAGGAGGGAGAAACUACAACCCCACCAUGCCAGGCUGCAGAUUUCUCCCGCUGGGAUAAGCUUUUCAUUGCUCUGGAGAACUCUCACAUGAGGCAGAACAUGCUCCUGGAGUCUCUUGGACAAUGCUGUGGAGGAAUGCACACAGUCAGGAACCAGGUGGACAAGCUGGUUAAAGGGACAUCCCAGGAGUAUCUAUUAAGCCUUGAGUCAGCAUGCAGGGCACAGGUGGAGCAGUCGAGUCUCAGGCUGCAAAGAGGCUUGGCGGAGUUGCAAGAGGAGGAAGCAGAGAGGGAGAGAAGGCUAAAUGCUACUUUGCAGCAGCUCCUACACAGUAGCAAUGAGGGCAACACCAGAUUGAAACGUCUGGAGGAAGUGAGCGGCCUCAGAGCGGUUCCAUCAGGAGCAGCAGACAGCAGGGUGGGGCACCAACCUACACAGAGACCAGGGGGAUUUGGUGCAGCAUUUGGCUUGGGGGUGAAGCCGUUCCCAUCUGGCCUCAAGGAGCAGGAUGUGACUUCACCAUUCGACAUGGUCGCAAUGGAAAAGGCCCUGGUUUCCAUAGCAACAGAGCUGCAGAGAGUUCACCUGCAGCUGAGCAGAGUGAUAGAGCAGGCGGGAACGUUGAGGAAGAACAGAGGAGACACAUGAGGGAAAAAAACAAAAGGUCGACAGAGGACGCUCUAGUGACAAUGACUUUGCACUUUUUUAUGUUGAUUUUAAGGGAUUUUUUUUAUAUUUCAGCUUGCUUAUGUCUUGUGGCAAUUAAUGUAGAUG